GUUUUCUCGAUUCCCUCACAUGUCUUGUACAUGUGAAGUGUUGACAAUAAAGCUGACUUUGACUUUUGACUUUGAUAUCCGGUGUUAUCAUAUGUAGUACACGUCUAACCUGGUCCGCUGUAACGGUCCUCGUCUCGCGAGCCGCGGACUCUCUAAGGGCGGGAUACUUAAACUGUCUGUUAUUCAGCUGGUCAUAUUUAGAUACCUCUAUUUACGGACCUUGGUAACAUAGACACCGAACCCCUUCUUUGUUUAAUUUGACGGACUUGAAUUUGCUUUGCUGUAGCAGGUGGAUUAGAGCCAUUACUACAACUAGCUUCUAAUUCCAGUUAUUUCCUCCACAAUCAAUAUUUACGCGAUACAGACUAGUUAGUGCACCGCGACCAGGUGCCCCGUGAAGCUAGCUCACUAGCCUACCUGGUUGUUAAACAGCUUCAAUGAAUCCCAACGUGUGGAACGUCAAGGACAUCUUGAGCAUCCCGACUGCAAGCAGUCGGACCAGAAUCGCCAGCAGCAAUGCAGCCACCAGCGGCUACUCCAGUCUAUCUGAUUCCCAGUAUGGGUUUGGCUCCCAGUUCUGGCCAGAGAACUCCCAGGGCAUGUCCCAGGAGAUGAGCUUCACAUCAAGAAACUCUCAACAGAGCUCCCAAGAGGGGAAUGAGCAAAAGAUCUCAAGUAAUUACCACACUAAACCGUUCCUGUUCGGAGGCGAGGGGAAGGACAAGGGCAUCAAACCUCUAGGUUUACUGGAGAAGUUUGAAGAAGACAAGAGAAAAGCAAAAGAGAAAAAUGAAAGUGAUAUGUUGUUCAAGGUAUCCCUAAGUUUUCGAGAAAUGCUCAACAAUAUUCAACACUCCAUCUUUGGCACAGAAAAAGAUGUAGCAGUGUGCAAAACGAUUCUGGAGGGAUUCGACAAAUUUGCUGUGACAGUGCAGCAAAGUCAAUCGAGCCUCUGCGAUGGUGUUUCACAUCAUUUUGAGACCAUGCUAAAAGAACUGAUCUCUCAGAAACAGAUGCUAUCAAACAUUGAGGGCAAGUUAUUGGAGACUGGAUUAGCCACCAGGGAACUAGGCUCAUAUGUGCAUGGCUUGGAGAAAGGUCUAGAAGCUCUGAAACAGGAUCAUGUAAGAGGAAAUCACCAUCUGGAAGAGGCAGUGCAGCUGCUCAGCACCUUAGUCUCCAACCACUCAGCCAGAAAGAGCUGUGGUGGUGUAGCAGACAGUGCUAUUCAGACCUCACCCGGACUGGGGCAGCCAUCUCUCAAAGUGCAGCCGGACAGCCUGCCCGAGGGCACGGGGCCUCUGUGCUGCCAGCCUGAGAGCACUCAGCCGUCUGACGUGUCCUCGUGGAACCCCAGGUCCACCGCGGGGCCGAGGAAACCCCCUCGAAGAGCCCCCAGGAGGAGGCAGCUGAGGAGACCGCUGGGGAUACCGAAGGGCAGGAAGAGGACCAUCUGGGACGAAAACAGCCAGCCUCCCGUCAACAGCAUUAAAGAAGAGACUUUAUCACCGCUCAAGAAGAUUUGCAAAGAGGCUGCCACAGCCCGCUGCCAAGGAGUUCCAGUUUUCCACCCUAAUGGAGGCGGUAGAUCUAAUAAAGGUCUAAAAGCUUUUGUAGCCCCGUUCAGCCCCUGUUCUGAGGACAGCAGCAGUUCUGUCUGUGUUGCAGGGAUUGAGAUCACCCUCAAACCAGCUGAGCCAGAAGGAGAAAUGCCUGAGAAAGAGAGAGGGCUCUGGCAGUUGUUUGAUAUGCAUUGUGAGUCAGACUUCAUUGUUUUAGAAGAGUGAUCGUGGCUGGAAAAGCAGCUGUUUUUCGGAUAUUAAAAAGAUGUUAGACUCACUACAUUAGCUCUUUCAGUGUGUUGUGAUCUUUUCAUUAUAGCAAUAAACUUCUCUUCAUACUAAAAUUCAUUGCCUACAGUUUACUAUGGUAUUUAAAAAAGAAGUACAUCUCUAGUAUUUGCAGAUUGUCAGACAACUAAUCGUCAAUUGGUUUCUAGCACACAGUGAAUAUUUCAUAUUUCUUUUAGUUUCAAAUAUUGUGUAUACAAUAAAUUUAAAUAUACAUUGCUUUGGAUAAUAAUAAGACCAUAUCAUGAGUUGGAAAAAACAAAUUAGGAGCACUCACUAAUGUCUGACUGCAUGAAUGGAUUUAAUUUGCAUUAGUGCACUAGAAUACCUAGGAGCAGCAGCACUACCUACAAUAUCAAUAUCGUGUUAAUGUUCAAUUAGCUGCUAGUAUUAUAGAUGCACCAUUUUUUUUUUUUUUUUAAUGACAUGUUUUUAGAUGCAUGAAAAUACUCACAAAUGACUAAAUCUGUAAACACAUUUUUAUUGAUAAACUUAAUUUAAAUGAAUUAACUUAAUUGAUAAACAAUGGACAUUCAUUGUUUAAAUUUGAUUACUACACAGCCAUCUACUCGGAUCAGUCAAAAAUCAUGAUGGGCUAUUAUUAGGUAUUUGAUGCAAAUAAUGUAUUGAGUGCUUAUUAUUAUUACUGAAUAUCAUUUCAGGUUAUUUAUUGUAGUACAUAUUAAAUGUCUUAUGAACAAAAGAAGCAAACAAAAUAUAUCUCAACAAUUACUUGAAUGAAAUAAACAGUUCACCUUAAAAUGAGAGAGAAAUAAUGCUCAACCCUCUGCAAUAGGGUUCAUAUGUCUUUCUUAAGGCACCUUUAAAAAUGUUUAUAUUUUAGGGGGAACUAUUGUAAGUGCAGAUAUGUUUUCAUGCUGCCCUUAUUUUGGCCCAGGAGAGAAGUCUUCCCACUUUGUGAUAAGGUAUGCUAGUUGCAUCCACACUCCUAUGUCUGGGGAGGUUCCAUUCAAAUGUCCAGUAUUCCUUCAGCCUUAGAGCUAAACUGAUCCAGCAUUUUUAAAGUGCAAUACUCAACAUAUGCCCAUCAACAGUGAUAUUGAUGCAUCAUUUGACGUUGUGUUUUCAUUCAAAAUGAGGACAUCCAACCAGGAACCACAAUAUCUGAAAUAUGCAGACUAGACCAGGCUCGACUGAACUUAUUUCGGAAUAAUAAAGGUAUGGGCAGACAAUUUAGGAAACCAACUAGCAUAAGCUAGAUUUUGAAGAGCAUCUAACUGAAAAGUCCCACCCCUUCCUUCAGGCAGCCCUCAAAAGCCUCUCCCUCAAAAACACGUGACAAGCUUGCUAGCUUUAGCA